AAGACAUACCAAUAUUGCAAGAAAUAAGUGAUGAGGAAAUCGGCAGUGAAUACACUGAAGAGAUUUCUACGAUUAGGACAAAAUUGAUUACACCAUGCAUUAUAAUCGAUAAUGACUAUGGAGAAAUACGAUGCUAUGCUGUUAAUGGUGUUAACAGAGAACUUCAAUUUCUUGGAUGUUAUGAAAAAAAUGAUGAACAUUUGCAUAUACGCAUGGGUACAGGAGCUAAGAAAGACUCAGGAUGCAUUGCAAUGCAUUUAGAUGAUAUUGAAACUGCUCUCUGCCACUUUGUAAAGCUAAUUGAAAUGGUGGCACAUUCAGAGAAUGAAGUAACAAAAAAGAAUUUACUUCGAAUUCUUAUUCUGUGCUUAGAAAAUUUUGAUUUGGAUUCAUCUUCUGCACCUAGCCAACUAUCUAGCUUGUUUGUAGUUAACACAAUUUUUAAAAUUAAGAGACUUGAUUUUUCCAAACAACAAUUUAUACAAAAACCUAAAAAAUAUGAAGAAUUUGGAAAGUUACUUGCUCUUGAAGUUUUGAGAUCACGCACUAGCCUAGCACCUUGUAAAUUAAUAUUAGAAUAUCCCGACUCCUUACAGCAGUACUAUGAAAUAAUACCAAAAUGUUUAACAAGCUUUUUUGAUGGAUUAGUUCUUACUUUGCAGCUUAAAAAAUAUGAAAUUGUAAAACAAAAACAAAAAGAACGCAAAACGCCUUCAACAACUAAUAUUGAUUUGUGUGGAAAAAAUCUGGUUGUGGAACAGUGGACAGAAAUGCUUACUCAGAUCUUUAACCAAUUAAUUACGGAAUAUCCACUAGGAUUUGCUAUAGAUAAAAUAAAUACAGUGCUCAAAGAAGUAGUGGGAAAAGGAUGCAAUGUUUCUCUUUCAACAGUCAUUAUCUUAGAAGCUGAACCAGUGCCAAACAGUAACCUUGCAGUACAUAAAACUUGUGAAAUAUAUAUAGAAGACCUGAAAUUAAAUCAAGGUGACUCGUUAGACAUUGUUAACCGUAAAGAAGCAUUAUGGAAAUUAGUAAAUAAACUCUCUGAAGAAAUUUUCUCUGAUGAGUCUGAAAAGCAUCCACUGUUUGAAAUCUCUGACCAACUAACACCUAGUAGGUAUGAAUGUAUGUUUACCUGUUAUAACAAAGGAGUAAUUAGAAUUACGAAUAUUGUCAAACAAGAUAUUUUAAAACAGGAGACACAUAUUGCAAAAGAAUGA